AUUCAACAUUGACCGUCGACGAACGAAGUUCGCGCAGUGCAAAAGGCGCGUACGUAUCGCCGAUAUGGAAAAAUGAGGUGGUCGUCGCGCUCCGUUAUUUUUUCGCACAGAAAAACGUAGCCAAGUAACGUUACACUCUGCGGACGUCGCGUUCGCAGGGUGUCCGGGGGUGUAGCGUUAGCAUGAGCAUUUCGCAAGACAACAGCGCUGCUACCAUCGUGUGCAGAGAAAUCUUCGAUGAUACGUCUCAUCCGACCAACGAAGAACUUCUAGAUUAUGCGAAACGUUUGGGAAUUAAUCCCGAUGAGGAACCACAUCUUCUCGAUCUGGCCCGUGAGGGUCUUAUGGCAGCCUUACCUAAGGGCUGGUCUCCGUGCUAUCACGAGUCUAGUGGUUCCUACUAUUAUUUCCAAGCAUCCACGGGCACCACCACCUGGGAACAUCCCCUGGAUGCAAUUUACAGAGAACUCGUGGAGCAAGCAAGAGCCGGCAACAAGAGGCAAAUGAGUUUUGAGGAAGAUUCGAAAACCACAGCGAAAGAUCUCGAAUCGCAUGAAGAUGCAACAUUGCCGAAGGAAACUGCUAUUCCGAAAGAAUCUAAUAUUCAAAAAGAAACUAUUAAAGAACAUCCCCAUCCAAAACCCGGAAUGACAGGCACCAAGAUUCCCAUGAAACUGGCACCUUUGCGAAAACUUGAUAAAAACGAUGGUUCGCGUAAGAGAGAUCGACCUUCGUCUUUUGAUAGGCUUCAGAGAAGAGACAGCGAAUCGAAGUCCGACAAUGUAUUGUCCCUGUCGAGCGACCGUGCCGCCAGAGAUUACACGAACUUGAAAUUUCAAGAUCCAAAAUUCUACGAGUGUCCGAAAUUGUUGGAAACAACGGGCACGAGCACAUCAACAACCACUACAACCUCAUCGACAUCAUCAAUGAAAAAAGAGCUCGAUCUUAAGGAAGUGCUCAAACGAUCCGAAUCACUGAGUCCGUGGCAUGAGAAAGAUUGGGAACAACUAUCUAGCAAGUUCAGCUCCGAAGAAAACAUAAUUGAUAUCGACAAACUCAGUGUUAGCACACUCGCUAGGCCGGAGAAACUCGAAAAGUUCGACAAGGAGAAGCAUCCGAGCCAGCUAGGCCAACAAAAGGAACUGACUCUCAGUGGAGGCGGCACGAUGUUUCUGAAAAGUAACAGAAGUAGGGACACCACGCCGAGUCAGGACGGCGGCAGAUUAGAAGACUUUCGCGUAUUGGCGAUUCCCGAUGAAAGCAAUAACACUGUCGGAGACAGACUCAAGUCUAUUUUGAGAGAGAAACAGUUGGAAGAUGACGAUCGGCCAUUGGACGAAGAACGUAAAAGCGUGCGGUUCGACUUGGAGAAGGAGAUCAACAUCAAGUUCACGUAUUCGGAAUCGGAAGAAGAUUGGGAAUCCGAGUCCGAAGAUAAGAAUCCGCGAAUAUCGGCUGUAGUCAGCAAUAAAAUCACUGGUUCCAUACUAUCGCCGCGAAAACCAAUUUCGGAAACUUCUUCAGACAAUAACGACAAUAAUAAGAACGAAUAUUCCGACGAAAAGGAUGAAGAUAAAACAAGUUUAGAAAUCAACAGACGGCGUUUGUCUCUGGAAAAGAUCGAGUCUGUUUCGAAAAACGCAAAAAUAGUCGGCAAAAGAUUUCUCGUUCAAAACGUAUCGGAAAACGAGCACCGUAGCCAGAUGAAAAACGCGCAAAACAGUUUAGAAAGAGACAACAGUCUCGAAUAUUUGUCUAACAAAUUGAGCGAGAAAGUGAAGAAUAUCGAUUUGGUGUCGAAAAGCGAGACCGAUUGCAGCAUUACGAAGAGCAGCGAUUCCGAUGAGAUGCGAAGAACACGAUCGAUUAUUGAGAGAGCUCGCAACAUGACAAGCCGCUUAUCGAAUCGACAGCCGGAAGAUGAUGUGUCAUCCGAUGUGUCGAGAAUGAGUCAGAAUUACGCGCAUAAGGAGAGAUAUGUCAGACCGAAACUGGAAUAUUCACGAAGUAUCGACGACAUGAAAGUGAAGAUGAAUAGAGAAUAUGAGAAAGAAAUCGAAGCUUUUAAGAUCGAACUUGAGGUUAAACUUCAAGAAAGAAAGAAGGAAAUUGAAGAAAACUUCGAGCAGCAGAAUAUUUUGCUGCAAAGAUUGUCGAAUCAGAAAUUGGAAGAAGUGAAACAGGAACUGGCUCAAAAGGAGGAGCAAGAGAUUCAAGCGCUGAUUGCCGAAAUGGACCAAGCUAGAAUAGAAAACUUGAAGAAAGUCCGCACGGAGUUAGAAGUCUGUUACGAAAAAGAGAGACAGGAAAUACUAGCGAAUCUGAAGACGGAGCUCGACGAAAGGAAGAGAGAACUUCUUGAGCUGAGAAAUCAAGAAAUGGGCAAGCUCGAGAAUGAGCACGAGCGCAAUCUCAGCGAAGAGAAGCUUUCGAAGCUGAACGAAUACGAAUUGAGGAAACAACAUAACGAAAAGAUCGAAACUCUGAAGAAGGAACUGGACAAAGAAUUGGAAGAUAUACGAAAUGAAUUGAGAUUGCAGCAGCGAGAAAAGAUCUCCAAAUUCACCGAAGAUCACGAGCAGUGCUUAGCAGAGAUUCUACGUGAUUUCAGAAUGGAUGAAGCUCUUGCUCGUAAGAUGUACAAAGAACGACUGGAAGAAAUUCGCGCGGAUUUUGCGCGAGACAUCGAGAAAGAGACGAGAAAGCAGAGCGAGCGAACUCUCCAACAAGAGAGCAUAGACUUCGAGAAGAUGCGCUGUGAGAAGCGAUUGUUGCAGGACAAGUAUACGGCGCUCAAGGAAAAAUAUAUGAAACUGAAGAACGACGUUCGGCUCGCCGUCGAGAGAAGAAGCAGACGAAAGGAGGGAUACACCACUGCCUCGGAAACCGAGAGAUCGACAUCCACCAGGACAAAAACGGACAGGACUGAGUCGUCGGAGCAAAAUACUCCGCUGAGGAACGCGCGCUCGAGCCCGGUAACAAACGCGAAAUCGCAGGAGGAUCAGAGCGCGAGCGAACAAGUCGAAGAGCAAAUCGAUUCGGACAAUUCGAGGGAUCAGAGAGCGGCCGCGGGGUUUCAGAAACACGCAGCCGCAGCCGCAGCCGCUGCCGUCGCCGCCGCCGCCGCCGCCGCCGCCGCCGCCUCGAAGAACGCGGCAAAAUUCGAGUCCGACGACACCACCACAGCCAGCGAGACGAACGCUAACAUGAUGAAGAAGAAGAAGAGUUUUACUAAGAAAGCCGCCUCGGGCGCGGGUCGCUCCGGCGGCGGCAAUAACAACAAUCUGGAUAACCCCGUGGAAAAUAUUAGGAAACAGCUUAAGAAGUUGGAAGAUCUCGGCGAUCAGCUGCCGAGCAACGAAACGGCCUAUACAGUGCGAUAUCCUUUCCAAGAUAAAGCGCCGGCGAACGCCUCUUCGGAGUUGGAGUUCUUCCGACAUCGGAUUCAUGUGGAGAGGGACUCUGUGAGGAGAGCUCGCGAGGCGCUGAGACAACAGAGAAGUGCCUUUCAGGGUAGGCAAAGAGCUUGGAAACAACGGAGCGCGAGGGCCACUCUGGAACAACUGGUGCAGGAGGAACGUGAGCUCUCUGACAUGGAGGUGAGUUUGCAUCGCACCAGAAGUCUUCUGGGCGAGAAGAUCAUUCAUCUGAGACAUCUGGAACAGUCUUUGGAGCGAGUGGCGAACGACAGGCGAAACGAAAACGACGCGUCUUCCACGAAAAACGACGAAUUAACGCUGAGCGACAUGUCGAGCGCUAGUAGCGGUUUUAGCUCGACCGAUUUGGGGACUGACACCUUCAUAGAUAAACCAGAUCAUUAUCAAGAGUCUACCGAAAUUAUGGCGAGCUUAGAAACUUUGAACUCUGAAAUACAGGAAAUUUGGGAUGUCUUGAACAAACGCCAUGAUAACAACAUACCUCCGACACCGGCUCUCAUGUACUCUUAUCUGCGAUGGUUACGGUUUCAUCAUCUUACCACGCAGCCUAGUAGCCUGCAAGGUGCCUUCGGUACACCUAAUAUACAGUCCAAUAUUUUAUCCCAAUUAACCGCUACGCAACUUCCUCCAACUACCACGACUCAGAAUAUUAUCGCUCAGUACGGCCCUCAUAGUGGCUUUACAACCAGUGUUGGCACGGUCGAGAGAAACGCUUCAAACUUGAUGGAAAGGACCAGAAAUCUCAGGGAUUGGCUACGCCAAGCUCGCGUCGAAACUACCGAUCUGAUUAAUCCUGGCCAAGCGACUCUUUAAAUAAGUUAAAGAGUUGAGUGAAAAAUCAACACUUAGAAAUAUCCUCUUCUUUUUUUUCUACCUCUUUUUUUCCCUUUCCACUCACUUUCCUUCUGUAAAAAUGUUUGAUUUUUACUCUCGGAUAGACCUGUAAGUUUUUUAAUUGAGUUGAGAAUUAGUUAAAGAAAAAAAAAACAAUACACAGACUGUGCUGUUAUUACUUAAUUAGCAAUACUUGAGUAACGUAAUAUUUUUAUAGAAUAGUUGUAUAACAUAAUUUUUUCAAGUUAACUCAUUUUAUGUGGAUUACGAUUAUUCGCGUUGGAAAUGAUAUCGCAACUUAUUGUUAGGAUUGAUCGAAUCCUUUUAUAAAGUGAUAAUCCUACCUGAGAAACAUAUACGUACUCGAUUUGUACGGAUUUCAAUUUUACUCUCGCGCUUGUUGCUCCGAACAUUUUUAUUUUCUAUCUUCGCCGAGUCGAUGAUCAAAACUGUCAAAAAAAAAAUAAUAUAAUGCGUGUCAUUGCGUUAGGUGUAAUUUUAGAAGUACAAUCUAAAGUUAUAACGUGACAAAAAUAUAACGUAGAAUAUGACUCUUGUUUCUUUUUAUUAAGAGAAAUUAAAGUGCAAUUCUAGGAAGAUGUUAUAAUUUCCUCUCUCUUUUGUCUUCCAGCGAAUAUAUAUUGAUCUUUAAGUAGCUACUCUAAUGAUAUUGUGUAUUUCUCGCGCGAUGACACAUAAUUUGGUUAAAAACGAACUUUAUAUUAUAUACGCUAUACAUCUAAAGCUUGUAAAUUCUAAUGAAUACAGGGUGGGGGGCGCUUAUGCGCGUGUCUGAUGAUGAGAUUUUCACGAAUAGAAUCCGUUUCACCUGUAAAUAUAAGUGUUUCGACAGCAGGGUUGAUGCCAUUGGCGCGUGGUACAAUUACAAAUACCAAUUGACCCAGUUUUUCGACAGUCUGUUGAUUCUUUGUAUAUUUUCGAGAUAAAUUUUUCCAGUAGCGUGUAACAUGUUGUAAUAUAGCUAUAUAUCACGUGUAUUAUCUUUGGAACUAUUAUCUGCAUUGUUAAAACGAAA